CGUUAGCUGACAGUAGGCAGGCCAGAUAGCUGUUAGCCUCUUAGCCAAUCAGUCAAGUGGAUUUGUAAUCAGCCCCUUAGCACGCUGGCUACCGCUCCUUCCGCCCGGGAGUCAGCCUUUCGCUGCCGACUUUUGGGAGACAUCCAUCAGCUCCGAACCUGUCACUGUCACCUUCCUUUAGAAUGAAGUUUUCUGAUUAGUCCAGUGAAUAUUGGGAUGUAGACAGGUGUUUAAUCCCGGGAUAACAGGCAGAGUUGUUACAGUGCUAAGUUGUGUUGUGCUCCAAGUCGAAAGAGCAACAGCCCGUCAAGUGAAACAGCGCUAACAUAAGUUGGCUUCAUAAUAAGAAGAAAUAGUUAUAACUGAGCUAUUAUUGACAUGUGACAAGGUGACUUUGUACACUGUGAGGACUAGGAUGGUAAGCAGCCAGCCGAAGUACGAACUCAUCCAGGAGGUGGGGCGUGGCAGUUACGGCGUGGUCUAUGAGGCAGUAGUGAAGCGUACAGGGGCGAGGGUGGCGGUGAAGAAGAUUCGCUGCCACUCUCCGGAAAAUGUCGAACUGGCCCUGCGGGAAUUCUGGGCCCUCAGCAGCAUCCAAAGCCAGCACCCGAAUGUCAUCCACCUGGAGGAGUGCAUCCUGCAGCGGGACCAGCUAGCCCAGAGGAUGAACCACGGCUCCAGUUCGCCGCUCUACCUUGAGCUCGUGGAGACGUCUUUGAAGGGCGAGAUCACCUUUGACCCUUGCUGUGCCUACUAUUUGUGGUUUGUUAUGGACUUCUGCGACGGCGGCGACAUGAAUGCCUACUUGCUGUCUCGCAAACCCAGCCGCAAGACCAACACCAGCUUCAUGCUGCAGCUGGGCAGCGCCCUGGCGUUCCUGCACCGUAACCAGAUCAUACACCGUGACCUCAAACCAGACAACAUCCUCAUCUCCCAGGCCUGCACGCCGGCCGGCUCGUCCGAGCCCACCCUCAAAGUGGCCGACUUCGGCCUGAGCAAGGUCUGCUCUACAUCCGGGCUCAACCCCGAGGAGCCGGCCAGCGUCAACAAGUGCUUCCUGUCCACGGCUUGUGGGACGGACUUCUACAUGGCCCCGGAGGUGUGGGAGGGCCACUACACAGCCAAGGCCGAUAUCUUCGCCCUGGGGGUGAUCAUCUGGGCUAUGGUGGAGCGCAUCACCUUUGUGGAUGUGGAGACUCAGAAGGAGCUGCUGGGGAGCUACGUGCAGCAGGGCUCGGAGAUCGUGCCGCUGGGAGAGGCCCUGUUAGAGAACCCAAAGAUGGAGCUGCUGAUCCCUGCCCGGAAAAAGAGCAUGAACAGCCACAUGAAGCAGCUGAUCAGGGAGAUGCUGUCGGCCAACCCUCAGGAGCGGCCCGACGCCUUCGAGCUGGAGCUCAGACUGGUCCGUAUCGCGUGCAGAGAGCUCGACUGGGACACGUGAUUGACGAGCAAACGUCGCCACAAACUCGGCCGCAAAGCACACGCAAACAUCUCAUCAGCUGCUGUUAACAACGAUGGUCACAUGAUGAGGAGUUCCUGUUUUUUACUAAGGCAUUGGUUGUAAUAUUGAUUAUCCUUUAGCCACUGUUCAAUCACCCACGGUCUACGACUUUAUAUCGAAGGGGGGAGGUGUCACAGUCUCAGGCUAAUCACAGCUUCCACUUCCUCAUUUCAUCUGUCAGUGAAGCACGAUGGAAGAGCAACGCGACCUUAGAAACUCCUGCUUUCAGACAGUCGAAGCCUUUGUCUUCAAAUGCCACCCAAACCUCGGUGCUAACUAAAUGCAAUAUGAGACGUGAUCCUGUGAUUUUUGUGUUUUGUGUGCUCACAUUCACCCAAAGGGCCGAUGCUGCAUCCAGCCACCUCAUCGCGCUGCUGUAGUUGUUUGUGGGUUUGACAGGACCUGACGUGAAACACGUCACAAUUUACACGAAGAUUGGACUCAAAUACAAACAAGCCCUGAACGCUCAGGUAUUAAUGGCGUACAGCUCGAUGGCGUUUGAAGACAAAAGCUCGCUGUCGAGGGACGUUCUGCUCAUUGUGGGGGGAAUAAAAACUUUGGUGCUUACAUAUUAGUAA